AUGUCACUGUUGUUCCUUUUCCGGACAUGAUUGGUUCUCKGUGCAUCACGUGAUCAAAACACGCCCCAAAACAGGAAGUAGCUUAAACCGCUAACAUUAGCUAACAGCACGGGUGAAGGACGGCUUUGGGUCCUAUAUUAUUUUUUAUUGUUUGUUACUAUUCCUUUAAAAUAUCGUCCUUCAGACAUGCCACAGAAAGACCCGUGUCAAAAACAAGCAUGUGCCAUUCAACAUUGUCUACAAGCAAACAAAUACGUGGAGAGCUUGUGUGAGGAUGUGAUCCGAGAGAUGCGGAGGUGCUGUGAGGCUCCUCGAGCCGUGAACUCCAUCUGCUGCUCCGGUUUCAGAGAGGCCAAGCAGGCGGAGAACAAGAGCAACACUUAACACAUCUUUAUUAUUGGAAGCAGUGGAAGAAAGCAGCAUUGCAUCAAUGUUGUUGCCCUCCAGUAUUUAUUUUAUAACUUUAAAUGAGACUGAAUUGUUGGUGUAGAUAAAUAAAGUGUGCACAGCCUUAUAACAAA